AUGAGUCUUACGAUCCUUCUUCCUGAAAGAUUAGAUCAACUAACUGAAGAUGAAAACGAAAAAGACCUCGACAAUUUUUUAAUCAAUCUCGAUUCGGUCCCCAAGAGAAAACUUAUAUUCUUCGAUGAAGCGCUAAUUGGGUAUAUCAAGUUUGAAUCUAGCCUGCCAAUUUCCCCGGAUUUUAACAAUCAUGCGUAUUUAAACGUUGCAGUAAUACCUGGUGAUCUGGAUUUAGUUAAUCAAAAGUCCUCGACUAAAUCUGAAAAUGGACAAAAUGUAAGGCUAAAAGGAUCAACUUCAAUUAAUGAUAAGCAUUAUGUUAUUUGGAAAUUUGAAAUUCCAAUUGGUUAUCCUCGAACAAAAUUUUCCGAUCCUAAAAUAUUGUUUUCAUGCUUUUUAAAUACUUCUAGCACUCCCCCUCUCACUUCAUCUUUCAGUCUGGCUUCGGUUGAUAACGAAAAUGUAUUAAGUAAUGGACUUGAGACAAAUCAAUCAUCCCAAAAACUUUUAACUGACUUAAGACCUGAUACUAAACGAAAUUUAUUCGAAGAAUUGAAUAACCAAGUAUCACUUAACCCUGAUCAAAAGUAUUUCUUAUCUAGUAAGAGUUUGAAUAAGUCUGACAUUGGAUAUAAUGACCAAUUGAGUACGAAGUUGUGCUUACCUGUUUCUGUAUCCCUAAUAAUCAAGCUUAAAUCAACAAAACCAGCAGGCAGAAAUAAUAUAUUACUAGCAACCUUGAAUAUUGAAUCGUCGGAAGAAUUCCUCAAAAUUUUGAAAAACAACUCUACCGAAGACUCAGCAUAUAAUGACUAUUACUUCAAUAUCUUGGAUUUGAGCAUGGAGUUCAAGUAUGGUAUCAUUGAAAAUUUUCAAUCAAGUAAUUUCAAAUUUCCGAUUAGAUACAAACUUGCAGAUUCUAUCAAUAUGACAUAUAAAUUAAUAAAUAAUGACUAUCUUGAUAAAGAAUUGAAAAUUAAUGUUAAUUCCUCUAAACCGAUCGGGAUUAAAUUGGUAUUACAAAAAAUUAAAUACUUUCCAGAGCUGGAUUCUUUUCAACCAGUUUCAAAUAUCAUAACGACUAAUUGGUCCCCUUAUUUGGAUUUCAGUAUAGUGGCACCGCCAAUUAACAGCUCAUUAAAGAGUAGUACCGCUUCUCAAUCUCAAUAUCAAUCACAAUCUCAAUCUCAAAUAAGAGCAGCAAAUGGAAUGAGUCCUCGGAAAUCUGCAUUAAUGAAUAGCAUGUAUAAGUCGAAAGGGGUCGAUGUUCCUAAUAGUCCAUUGACAAAUCCAUCUGCCGUAAAUUCAUCGACAUCUCUUGGUUAUCAUCAAAUUAGUCCCACUAAGAAGCUCAAUAAAUCAUUGUCUUCUACUUCUUCAGUGACGGUCAACCUUACCACCAAUAAUAAUUCCACUCUAGCAGGUCUCAAACUAACAUUUAAAGGUAAAUUAAACGUCAGUCUUGGUGAGAUAAUAACCUGGAAGCUUCAGGCCAUCAAUAAUUCACCAAAUAAACUCAAUUUAUCGUUGAUCGUUCAAAAUCCAAUAAAUUUUAAUCCAGUAUAUUCCGCGUCGAGUACAUCCGCUCCGAUCAGCUCGAAUAACUUUUCAUCAUCUAAUUUAUUAGCCACCAAUGAGCAAAAAAAAACGGAAAACAUAUUGGUUUAUAAUAAACUUCAGUUGCAUAAUCUCUAUUCCUCCUUAAAGUUGGACACCAAUGGUAUUAUCAUUUUGGAUAACGAUGUUCGAAUUGGACCUAUCGACUCUCAUUCAGUCUUUGAAACCGAUAUCAAGCUAAUUGGUAUUUCAAAGGGUAUCUAUAACUUAGAUGGAAUCAAAAUAUUCGAUAUUAGCAGCGGUGAUGGUAUCGAUUUCGGAAAAUUGGUGGAAGUCUUCGUGGUAUAA